AUUUGCCUGAGAGGCUGCACUGCUCGUAGCUGAGUACCCUCACCUCGUUACAACGAUGCCGGCUCCAACUUCAACGUCCAAGGCAGCCACUGCCAGUGACAUGUCCGUUAUUUUAGUCACAGGAUCAUACGACCACGAAAUUCGUUUCUGGGAAGCUUGGAGUGGAAUAUGCUCUCGAACCAUUGCUCGAACUGGAGAAUCCGGUCAAGUAAAUCGCCUCGCGAUAUCCCCAGAUAAACGGCUUCUCGCGGCCGCGAUACAUAAGAAAGUUAACAUUUAUGAAAUAGCCAACGCGACCAACGAACCUCUCGUCACUUUUGAUGGACACACCAAGAACGUGACGUCUGUUCAAUUUCACAGCGAGGGAAAGUGGCUGGUAACAGGAAGCGAAGACGGCACUAUCAAAAUUUGGGAUCUUCGAAACCCACAUUUACAUCGAACCUACGAUAAUACCGCUCCUGUCAAUGAUGUAUGUGUUCAUCCGAACCAGGGUGAGUUGAUAUCGUGCGACCAGGCAGGAAGCAUCAAGCAGUGGGAUUUGUCCGAGAACAUCUGCUCUCAUGAACUUACUCCAGCGGGUGAUAUUCCUAUGCGAUCGGUAACUCUGGCUUCCGAUGGUUCAUGUUUAGUUGCCGGAAACAAUAAAGGUCAAUGCUACGUGUGGAAGCUAAACGACGAGGCUUCUGGCCUCCCACGCUUUCAAGCAGUGACAACCUUCCAUGCCCACAACAAAUAUCUUACGCGUUGUCUUCUCAGUCCGGAUACGAAAUGCCUAGCGACCUGUUCCGCGGAUACCACUGUCAAGAUAUGGUCCAUCUCUCACAACUUUGAGUUCAGGCAGGAGAAGAUCCUCACUGGGCAUCAGCGGUGGGUCUGGGACUGUGCUUUCAGCGCGGAUUCGGCCUAUCUUGUCACAGCUUCCUCCGACCAUUCCGCGAGGCUUUGGGAGAUGGCAUCUGGAGAGACCGUAAGGCAAUACAACGGCCACCAUAAGGCGGCUGUUUGUUGCGCGCUUCACGAUGGCGCCGGCUAAGCUCCUAUCACGUGUCCUUGCAGUACUGUCCUACAGUCUGUUCUACUUGGCAGCCUCACUAGAGGCUAGAGACGAGAUGAAAGAAGUCUUUCGGCUUGCAUCUCUCCAGAUUAACUGCAGGCUGCUAGUUAUUGGCUCUUGUGGAUGCCUCGUGUAUGAAAUAGCCAGUUCUAGAAUGGAAUCGGUUUGCAGGUCAGCCUCCGGUUAUCUUUGAUUCUUGAGGGGCACCAUUUCCGAUAACGUGCGUCUACCUGAUGAGUGUAAUUGAAGCUCAUCAUGAAAGCGUCCGACUGAUCAUAUGCCCCAGUCCGGCGUGUUUAUGUCCAGGGAACUGGAGUAACUGACUACGAGUGAUCUUCAAAUGAGAGCGAAGUGUUUCCGUUUAGGAUGACGUGUGAGGGAAACGUAGUCAAUACAAUAUAAUGGUAUUAAAGCUUCCGUCUCGCGCAUGCA